GUUUUCUUUCAUUUUAUCAAAAUAACCUUUGCCUCCGCUAUAAUUACAAAGACAAUCUUUACUUAAUGAUUAAGUUUAUGAGAAACAUUGAAAUUUUAAGUUAUUUACAAUUUAUAAUCAACCAAGUAAAAACAUACGGCCGUUUUUAAAAUAUCUAAACAACAAACCGUGCGAAAGUGCUACAAUAAAUUAAUAUAAAGGAAAGGCUGAAAGGGAAUUAAAUCAUGACAAUGGUUAAAGCCCAACCCCAGCAUUAAUUGGAUUGUUAGCUCAUUUAAUCUUUCAAUUGAAGUUAACUUCGACUAUGCAACGAUUCAACAAACCACCGAAUAGAUAGUGCUAAUUUUUGAUUUUAAAGUUUAAAUUACGUUCGUCAAUGUUUUAAGAAAAUGCUGUGCAAGUAAGUUGAGUACAUGUGAGUGUGCACCGCGUUUUAUGUCGAUUCGGCAAUUUAGAUAGUUAAGAUACUUAAAAACGUUUAAUAAGCAAACUAACGUACGAUUUAACGUUUAUUAAGUUCUAAGUAGUGCGUCUAGAAGAUAUGUUGUGAAAUGUUUUUUUUUUUUUUAUUAAUCAAAUGUGGACAAUAUUUCUAGUGAUAUGAUUAUUUUCUUAAUAAUGAUUUAAGAUAAACAGAAGGCAAAUGUUAUCCAAAGUCGAGCUAUUAUUUUAUAUGCUAUUGAGCGUAUUUUUCUACUCAAAAGUUUACGGCGAAUUGUGUACGCAAUGCGAUUAUAAGACAGUUCAUCGUAUGUUAGCAGCCGAUUGUUAUCAUAAAGACAUAAGGGAAAUUCCACAAUGUCUUCGUACAAAAGUAGAGGUUUUGGAAUUAUCCUACAAUCGAAUUCGCACAAUAAAGGAUGGUGACUUAAGCCGAUACAGCAACGUGAAAAUAUUAUACCUGUCAGAUAAUAUGAUAUCAAAUAUUGAUGAAUCUGCACUGUCCAGCCUAACAAGUUUAAUAAGCCUCGAUUUAACGUUAAACGUGCUAGAUACAGUUCCUCUAGUCAUCUUUCAUUUGCCUUCACUAAAAAAACUCUACCUAAGUCAAAAUGGAAAUAUUAACAUAGCCGAAGUUGUGAAUAUGACCAAAUCAAUAACAAGUCCUUUAGAACACAUAGACAUUAGUUAUAACAAAUUUCAAGAGCUCCCAGAAUUUGGAAUUCUACCAACAUUAGUUACUUACAAUAUAUCUGGAAAUAAUGUUAGAAAGUUCUCUCUUAGAAACAUCGCAGGACUAUGUAAUUUAAAGAUAUUAAUAAAUAACCAUUUCUCUGCCGAAUAUGAAGAUGUAUGCGACUGUUGGGAACUUACUAAGUGGAUGCAAUUAAAAGGAAUACAAUUUACUCCUUUAAAUUGCCCAGUAGCUGAAGAUGCCUGUACUUAUAACUUUUCUGAAAGAGAAAUUUUGGAUUAUGAAGAAUGCAAGAUCCGUUUCGAGAAAAUUGUAUUAGAAAAAAAAUUAAUAACGUACGUUGCACCAGCAGUCGCAGUGUUUUUAGUUGCACUGUUAAUUAUUCUAUUCAUAUUAUUCAGAAGAAGAAAACGGAAAUUACUUAGGAGAGAAAAGAAAUAUGGUAAUAUACUACCGAGUAAAAGUGACGUUGAAAAUGAAACGUUUACAGAUUAAUCGCAUGCUUGUUAUUUGAGUAUUAUAUUUAUAUAUGUACUAUAUUUUGUAUUAAAAUUAUAAUAAAAUGUUUUUAUAACGUU